GAGAGAGAGAGAGAGAGAUAAUAGUUACUUUUCGCAAUGAUCAGUAAAAGUAUAGGUAAAAAUUAAAAAUUAAACACGAAGACGUUUAGUAAAGCUUUAGCGCUUUCAUUUCAAAUCUUCUGGCACCGGAUUCAGGACCUUGGUCUUGCACCGACGUACAAGAGGAGAGAAGCAACCCAUCGGUACCUAAAACAACUAAUGGCCCUUCCAUUUUUACCACAUCAAGACAUUGGACCUGCGUUCCAGACCCUCACUGGCCGGGCUAGUACUGAGGAACUGCGAUCAUUGGUUGGGUACAUGGAUAGACAGUGGAUGAAGAAUCCUCUCUUCCCACCAUCUGCUUGGUCAGCCUAUCGUGUGCCAGUAAGGACAAACAAUGAUGUUGAAAGCUGGCAUCAUCGCAUAAAUGGAAAGGCGGGGCACCGAGGAUGCGGGUUUUACGUCCUCUGCCCUCUCCUCCUGCAAGACGCACGUCUGGUGGAGAGUAGAGUCCACAGCGACAACAUCUGUCGCAAUGCGAGGAAGAGCACGACAACUGUGCAAAAGAAACUAGAUGCCGCAUGGGAGAAAUACGAUGUUGGCGAUGUGAGCGCGGGACACUUUCUCCGCAUAUGUGGAGCAGUGUACGCCCCAGUGUCCAAAGAUGUGAUGUGAAGAGAUGUGAAAUGUCAAUAUGAUCUCUGAUACAGUGAAUGUUGACUAAAAUAUGUUGUGUAUUAUUUAUAUUGUUAAAUAUGUAUGAAAAUGUGAUAAAAGAACAUGUGUACCAAUAAAAAGAUAACUUGUAUUUGAUUCUUCUCUUUUCACUAAACAAGGUCACUA